UUACAGCUCUACCGGAUAUGACGUCACCGCCCUGCGAGCAACAUUUCGUCCAGAAACAGUGGCAAGACAACUAAAUCAACAAAACAUUCAAGAUGUGCGGGACUUUCGUCCAAUAAUUGUCAGGCUAAUAGCUAUUAAUAAAUCACCUUCACGUCCAAGUCGUUGAAUCCGCCAAAUGUCGGCGCACUUCGACGAGAGGAGCGGGGUUGUCCCAUGCAUGACAAGCUGGGGCUCCUGGAGCCAAACUAUGGAGGAGAUCUUCAUCGAAGUCAACGUUCCUCCCGGCACAUCUGCUAAAGAAGUCAAGUGUCGUUUGGGAGCCAGAGACAUCGAGCUACACGUCAAAGGGAAAGAGCUUAUAAAGGGGCGGUUGUUUGGCACAAGUGUUUCAGAUGAGGCCACGUGGACACUGGAGGAUAAGUGUCUGAUCCGAAUUGUCCUAAUGAAGACCAACAGAGAGGCUGGGAACUGUUGGUCUUCCUUGUUAGAGGGAGAGUACUCAGCCAAUGCUUGGGUCCAGGACCAGAUGCAGAGAAAGCUCACACUGGAAAGGUUCCAGAAAGAGAAUCCUGGAUUUGACUUCAGCGGGGCAGAGAUUUCUGGAAACUUUGCUGGUGGUGGUCCAGACUUUUCCAGUUUACACAAGUGACCUGCCACAGUAAACCAGUACUAAGGUUGUCAGGUCAGCCUAAUGAACACUGUUGCUUGGAUCAAUGGCGCACUGGAGCUGUAGAUCAAUUGGAUCUAAUAAUCUGGGAAGCCAGGGUUCACUGCCAAUGGAUAUUACUUUUGAGUUUUGUCCCAGCGCUCAGAAGCAGAUCAAUGUGGAUUUAAUGGUGUUGCACCUGAAUUGACAAGCACUCCAAAAUAGCUUUUCAAUAAAGUUUUAUUGAAAGGUACAAGAACAUCUUUAGAUGGUGUCUUCAGUCAUUUUGAAGUCAAAGUGACACUUGGCAUACAACAUAAAGAAACUGGCUAAGGAAAUGCAAUGCAAAUUCCAAAACGUGUGGCUCUUCACUCUGUGCCAUCGUAUGCAUCAAAUGGUGACAACAACUCAUCUUUAACAGCUGAAGACUGCACACGUUAAACGUAUGCGGUGGGUUCACCAAAAGCUUCAACUUGCUGUUUGAAGGGGGGACAAAAAAAAUCACCUUGGGUAGGAAGGAGGAGUGUGCAUUCAAGACAGUGUAGCAACCUAGGGUAGAAGUUAAGGAUUUUGGGCCCGAGUUCUUGGUUCCAUAUUUGUAUUUCUCAAAAUCCUUCUCCCUCCUCUUCCACAUGGUGGAUUGAGGACCUAGGUGGUUCAAUACUUAUUAGCUUAAAACCAACAACCCGUUCCAGGAAAUACACCAUGGUACAGAUUUGAACAAACUCAUACUCGUGCACUCGCACACCCGCAAAAGGAAAAGUGACU